UCCAUUUUUGUGUAUUUAAGAUAUCCUGAAGAAUUAACAACCUGGAGGAAAGCGAGAAGUGUGGAGGGACUCGACACGAACACAAACGAGGUGGAUUCGACGUCUGUAUUAUGAGAUGCAAGAGAACUUUCCCAGGACGAUGACAGCGAUGGGUUAGAUAGGAUUGUACACGAUGAUGGCAAAAUAAAAGCAUUAGUGUGUAAAGAUGUCUGCUCCAGUCGGGACCCGCAGCGGGCCUGUCCUGCCGGAGAUGCCCGACCUGAGCCACCUCACCGAGGAGGAGAGAAAGAUCAUCCUCGGUGUCAUGGACCGGCAAAAGAAAGAAGAGGAAAAGGAGCAGUCCAUGCUGAAGAAAUUGCACCAGCAAUUUGAGAGUUACAAGGAUCAGGUGAAGAAAAUGGGAGAGGAAGCACAGACCAGUCAGGAACUAAAGGCUGACGCUCCCACCUGCGGAAUCUGCCAUAAAACCAAGUUUGCCGACGGCUGCGGCCACCUCUGUUCUUAUUGCCAAACCAAGUUCUGUGCUCGCUGUGGGGGACGAGUUUCACUACGCUCCAACAAGGUGAUGUGGGUUUGCAACCUGUGCCGAAAACAACAAGAGAUCCUCACCAAGUCCGGGGCCUGGUUCUACAGCGGGGGUCCUGAGGCCACCCUGGCUUCGGGUGCGAGUGACCCCCAUCGACGCCACGAAGAGGCUCCACAAGAGAAGAAGGCCAAACUACAGGAAGCCCCCCUUCUGUACCAGGGCCCCCCAGGUGAACGCACCCGAGGCCCAGGACUCCCUCGCCAGGCGUCCCUCAACAACGACACGCUGACCAACAGAAAAAGAAGCCCGUCAGCAACAAGGGAUCCAAACCAAAAAUACGACCAAAGGGAGGAGAAGGCGGGGCGUUCACAGUAUGCCCCAAGGCAGGGCGGCAUGCCACGAUCGCCGUCUGACUAUGGGGCCGGAGAGCGCCAGUGGAGAGGAGGUUACGACCGCACCUACGAGGAUGCUGAGGUAGCGCGGGGGGCGUACCGCACUCGCCGGGGUGGCUGGCACUCUCAGGAAGAGUACCCGCCCGAACCCGGCUUCCUACCCGAUGGCCCGCCCGUCAGCGAGCAUGAGUUGCAGCGUCAGCGGCAGGAGGAGUACCAGAACCGGUACCGUAGUGACCCGAACCUGGCCCGCUACCCGGUCAAGCCGCAACCCUAUGAGGAGCAGAUGCGCAUGCACGCGGAAGUCUCACGCUUCAGGCACGAACGGCGCCAUAGCGAUGUCUCCCUGGCGUAUACGGAGAUGGAGGAGCCUCUAGGGCCCCUGCGCGGCCCCCACCACCCACCGGGUCCCGGACACACCCAGCGGAGGUCCAACCACAGCCCCCCAGGUGUGGACUCCCUUCACAGGCAGCAGCACUUAGAUCCCGUCUCAGCCGUAUGGAAGAGUAAACGAGAGAAGAUGGAAAGCAUGUUACGGAACGACUCGCUCAGUUCCGAUCAAUCCGAGUCUGUCAGGCCGCCGCCACCUAAACCACACAAGUCCAAGAGGGGCGGCAAAAUGAGGCAGGUGUCUCUGAGCAGCUCCGAGGAGGAACUAGCCACAACCCCAGAGUACACCAGCUGCGAGGACGUGGAGAUUGAGAGUGAAUCCGUCAGUGAGAAAGGGGACAGUCAAAGGGGAAAAAGACAAACUUUUGAGCAGUCACACAUCUUAUCUGAGGGCCAAAAGAAAAUGGUGCGCUUUGGGGGCCACUCUUUGGAGGAAGAUGCUGAUUGGUGUGAACCCCAAGUUAAAGACUCGGGGGUUGAUACGUGCAGUAGCACGACCCUAAAUGAGGAACAUAGCCAUAGUGAGAAGCACCCGGUCGCAUGGCAACCCUCCAAAGACGAAGAUCGACUCAUAGGCAGGAUUCUGCUCAACAAGCGGAUGAAGGAUGGCAGCAUUCCCCGCGACUCCGGAGCUCUUUUGGGACUGAAAGUGGUUGGGGGAAAGAUGACAGAGUCUGGUAAACUUUGUGCAUUCAUCACCAAAGUAAGGAAAGGGAGUUUAGCAGAUACCAUUGGACACCUCAGACCAGGUGACCAGGUCCUAGAGUGGAACGGCCGAAAGUUGCAAGGAGCCACAUUUAAAGAAGUUUACAAUAUCAUUUUAGACUCAAAGCCAGAGCCUCAGGUGGAACUAGUGGUCGCACGACCCAUUGGAGAUAUACCCAGGAUACCAGAAAGCACACAUUCACAACUGGAGUCCAGUUCCAGUUCAUUUGAGUCACAAAAGAUGGAUCGGCCAUCCAUAUCCAUCACGUCUCCCAUGAGUCCCGGCAUGCUGCGGGACGCCCCUCAGUAUUUAUCGGGACAGCUUACAAGCCAAAGCCUUAGUAGAAGAAUUGAGCCUUUUAACCCUAGAGUCCAGGUCAAACUGUGGUAUGACAAAGUCGGCCAUCAGCUCAUCGUCACCAUUCUGGGGGCGAAGGACCUGUCUUCAAGGGAAGACGGACGACCGCGGAAUCCUUACGUGAAAAUCUACUUCCUCCCUGACAGAAGUUUGAAUAAUUGUUUCUCCAGUGACAAAAGCAAAAGAAGAACAAAAACGGUAAAGAAAUCACUUGAGCCCAAAUGGAACCAGACCUUUAUGUAUUCUCCCGUCCACCGGCGAGAGUUCAGGGAACGCAUGCUGGAGGUCACGCUGUGGGAUCAGGCCAGGGUGCGAGAGGAAGAGAGCGAGUUCCUGGGAGAGAUCCUCAUUGAGUUGGAAACAGCAUUGCUGGAUGAUGAGCCACACUGGUACAAACUCCAAACACAUGAUGUGUCAUCAGUGCCCCUACCCAAGAGCUCCCCCUGCCUGCAGAGAAGAGCACUGCAUGGAGACAGUCCCUCACGCAGACUUCAGACCAAAGGCCAGUAUUCAUACGCAUCAGGGUCUCAGAGGAUCAGUGAUAGUGAAUUUUCAGACUACGACUGUGAAGAGGGCGUUGGUGUCGUAUCAGACUAUAGAAAUGGCCGGGACCUUCAGAGCUCCACCCUCUCUGUGCCAGACCAGGUUUUAUCGUCCAAUCAUUGCUCACGAUCAGCAGACUUCAAUCGGGCGCGAUCACGGUCACCCAGCGUGCCCCCUUCUCAGAGUCAUUUUCUCACCUUACCUCGAACACGACACAGUCAGCCUCAUGACAGUCAGCUGGAGGAGCUCAGGAAUUACGGAGCGUCAGACAGACACGACUACCAUCACAGGUCCCGUUCUGCAGACCAGCGGUCCGCACUUGAGCGUCCCAUGUACAGUCGCUCUCGCUCCACGGAGCGGCCGCCCGACGUCCCUCACUUGAGGUCUUCAAUGCCCUCCCUGCCGUCAGGAAACUCUGCUCCACCUUCCCCUGCCUUAUCGAGGGCACAUCCUCGUGGUGGAUCGGCUCAGACCAGCCCCACAGACACACCUGCAAACAGCAGGAGAGGACGACAGCUACCACAACUGCCUGCCAAAGGAACGCUGGAAAGAAAAGGCCGAGAUGAAGAACCUGAGCCUUGUUCAGAAGACACGGACUCCCACAGUCGGAUAAACUCAGGUGCUUUGGAUGUCGAGGAACGAACGCGGGAGAUGAAGCUGAAGAUGAACAAGUAUAAACAAGGAACGGGUUCAGACUCCAGGCUGGAACAGGAUUAUCAGUCCAAGCGUUCGGGCAGGGACCCUCAUCGAGGAGAAAACCUCUCGGCCAAAUCUUCGGACAGUGAUGUUAGCGACGUGUCCGCUGUGUCGAGAACCAGUAGCGCAUCUCGAUUCAGCAGCAUGAGCUACAUCUCUGUCCAAUCAGAACGGCCGCGGGGAAGCCGAAAGAUCAGCAAAGCAAUGCAGGGGCGGAGACUCUCCAGGGAGGAGGAGUUUGUUGAGGAGGCAUUACAGGAGGUUGAAAGGUUAGAGGAGGAGAGGGAGGAGAAGAGAGGUGGGAGGAGGGUAGGUAAAGGGAGGAGACGGACAGGUAGUGUAGACAGGGAAGAUGCUGAGGAGGAGGAGCCUGAAGAGGGCGUGGCCCAGAGGACAGUCUCAGAGAUGGACCUCAGGCAAACGGGAGCGGCGCCCGGCGGUAACAUGACCAAGAGCACCAGUAUCGGAGGGGACAUGUGCAGUCUGGAGAAGACCGACGGUAGCCAAUCGGACACGGCCGUGAGUCUGGUGGGAACCGUUGACAAGAAGCGACGCUCCAGCAUCGGCGCCAAGAUGGCAGCAGUUGUGGGGUUGAGUCGGAAGAGUCGCAGCGCCUCCCAGCUCAGCCAGACAGAAGCAGGAGGAAAGAAGCUUCGCAGUACAAUUCAAAGGAGCACAGAGACGGGUCUGGCUGUAGAGAUGCGAAGCCGAAUGACCCGACAGGCCAGCCGCGAAUCCACCGAUGGCAGCAUGAACAGCUACAGCUCGGAGGGGAAUCUCAUCUUCCCCGGUGUAAGACUCUCCUCUGAAAGCCAGUUCAGUGAUUUCCUGGAUGGACUUGGCCCCGCCCAGCUCGUGGGAAGGCAGACGCUAGCCACACCCCCUAUGGGUGACAUUCAGAUUGGGAUGGUGGAAAAGAAGGGAGCGCUAGAGGUUGAGGUCAUCCGAGCCAGAGGCCUUGUGGGAAAAACAGGUUCUAAGUCACUGCCAGCCCCUUAUGUGAAAGUGUAUCUACUGGAGAACGGCGCAUGUAUAGCCAAAAAGAAAACAAAAGUAGCACGAAAAACACUGGACCCACUUUACCAGCAGCAGCUAUCAUUCGAAGAUGCUCCAGGAGGCAAAAUUUUACAGAUCAUUGUGUGGGGAGACUACGGCCGUAUGGACCACAAGUCUUUCAUGGGAGCUGCUCAGAUUCUCUUAGAUGAUCUGGACUUGUCCAACCUGGUUAUCGGCUGGUUUAAGCUGUUUCCUCCCUCUUCACUGGUCGACCCAACCUUGGCUCCGUUGACCAGAAGAGCUUCCCAGACGUCUCUCGACAGCGGGUCCGCCCCGUUCGGUCGCUCGUAGCAGAUUUCUUAAAUUUAGCAUUAUUGUAGCAGCCAUCGAGCGGAGUUUGAGAUUUGCGACAGGUCCCGUUUCCCCGGUAACACUGCAUGCUUGAUGUUGUGUGUUCAGAGCUUGUUUCUUAGGGGUGAUUAAAGCGGUCCUGUUUUUACUCGCAAAAAAAAGUCGCACACAUUGUGCGCAAAAGAGCACCCACUAGGCUAGGGGUGAGACAGGUGAACGAAGCCAGAAAUGGGCUCAGUAGCUUGAAGAAAAACACAAUUCCUGCUUUUAGAACCUUUUUGAAGCCAUCAGAAAUGGGUCUUAACUUAGAACCUAACGGGUUCUUCAGAAGCCCUUUUGAAAUGGGGUGAAAUGUUCUCUUUGACUUUUUGUUUUCCAUUUCGUUCAUGUUUGUUUUAAUGUUGAUGUAUUUGUAUGUACAUGGGCAAACAGUGUUUCUUUCCAGAGACUGGGUCAAGCCAUGCCAACAGACUCAGAAGUGUACACAAGAAUAUAACAUGGGAUUGAGCUUUGAUAAUUAAACCUCACUCCCCAGAUAGGAUUCAACUAGAUCAAUACAGAGAUGAAAUGUACGUUAGAAUCAUCGUGAAGAACUUUUAAGAUCAAAAUGAAUUACUUCUCUUGAUACUGUAUGAAACCUAAACUUUUUUUGCAUGGACACAACUUUAGCUGAACUGGAGAAAAAAAUAAGAGGGAAAUACAAAAUGUUUUCUUGAGACUGCUACUUGCAAAAAAAGACGACAAGAGAAAAGGAAAAAACGAACCGGAUCAGCCAUUUUCAACGAUUUCUAUUAUUUUUAAAGAUAACUUUCACUAGUGCAUGGUUUUCAUGGGGGAGUGAAUGCUACAGUGUGAUUUCAAAAACAUUCGUCCUGUAGACCGUUUAUUGGUCUUCACUGACUAUUUUACAGACAUGAAGUGCUUAAAAUUUAUUUACAGUGAAGAAUCUGUUCAUGUGACAAAGAUGUUAAAAAAUGAAAUGAUUUACUAGUGUAAAGGCGUAAGCCUAAUGAAGGUAAAGACUAUGUGCAAAUUGUACAUGUUUCUCUACUUCUCCCUUGUCCCAGGGUAAAUAAUGUACUUAUUGCUUCCGUUGUCUGAUUUCUCACAAUAUUGUUCCCAAUCUUUUUUUAUGUUCCGGGCUGUUCAUUUUCGGACGGUUUCAGUCUGCAUAUUGUUUGAAGUUCAUUCGUUUAACAAGCAUGUUGAAAAGGGUUUUUGGCAACAUGGCUUGGGCACAUCCUACAGUAACUCAGCAUGUUUCGAUAAAGACGAUAUUUGGAGAAAAACAACAGUUUCUCGUGCAGUGCAUGUCGAUGAUGAUCCUUUUAGCCCUGAAUUCAGUUCAUGCGAAAGAUAGACAGCGGUCUCACGGGGGCCGGAAGGGCAAAGUUCCGAAUGAACAUUCCACCUUGUAAACUCAUUCUUUGUUGAAAAUUUCAAGGAAAAAGUGACCAGGGAUUUUUAUAUCUUUACUGAAGCUGCAGUAUUCCUGUCAAAAGAGCCCAACGUUUCACGAGAUCUUUACACUGGAGGUGACUGCAGCCGACGGACUUUCGCAGUAUUGUACUGUGCAGUUUUCCAAGCAUGAUGCUGUCUGAAGAGAAAUGCACACUGGGACGAUGAUAUUGCCACACGAUAUACCUUUUGUUUUUAUUUCUUUGUUUUUCAAGAAAGUAGAAGUCAUUUAAUAUAUUUUUGUUAGUUUAUUUACGAGCCAAGACCUAUUUAUUUUUUAUUUUCUAUUUUUAGUAAUAAUCAGAGCUUCUUGUAUCUUGGAAGUAUGACACAGUUAAAAUGCCUGAAUGGAAAUAUACACAGAGACAUUAUACCUCUUCCAAUUAAAAAAGUUAUAACACAAUUCUGCAUUUUCGUGAUUUAUCAAAGCGUAUUUUUCUUCUGUAACAAACUUUGUCUACAUAUGAUUUCUGUGAACAUCUGUAAUGUCAUAUUGUAAUAGGAAUCCUAUGGACACAAACUUGUCUAGAUAGAUGUUUUGGAAGGGGGAUAAUGUCUCAUGAUGUCUCUUUCAAAUGCCUUCUCUCUUUAUUAUGAUUCAUUAUUAUUUCUUUAUCUUUUUUUUGGUGCAAUGUGUUAAUUGGCCAAGGCUAUGUCUUGGUCAAGUAUGGUUGAGUACAGAGAUUUAUGUAAGUUAUUUUUCAAAUUAAAAAAUAAAAAAUGGAUAUUACACUGGAAAAUGA